AUUCCCUUGGGACGGGGACCUAGCUAAUAAUUUUUUCCAGCGCAUCACCCAAUCUCCUCUCAUCUCAUCUCAUCCCUGUCUCUCUCCCUUUCUCACCCACACAUCUUCUCUCACAGCUGCCACUUGGACUCAGCAUAAGACACCAACACUAUGGCCAACGUCGCUGAUAACGAAUUCCCAUCUGGGGUUACUCCCUUUUCCAAACGGACUCAACCGCGCGUACUGUGCAUGUUCGAUGUGGACGGGACCUUGUCUCGCUCCAGAAGGAAUGCCACGCCUGAAAUGUUCGCAACGUUGAAAGCGUUGAAGGAGUACUGUGCGGUCGCGGUAGUCAGUGGGAGUAACGUGCCGAAGACGGAGGAACAGUUGCAUAUUCCAGGCCAGACCGUCCAAGACACAUUCGAUUAUGUUCUUGGGGAGAACGGUCUGACUCCUUUCAAAUUCGGCAAGUCAUUGCCUACCAACUCAUUCAUCCAGCACGUCGGAGAGGACGAGUACAAAAAAAUGGUCAGCUGGAUCAUGAGGUAUCUCGCAGAUCUCGAUAUUCCCAUCAAGCGAGGAACUUUCAUCGAGUUCCGAAAGGGAAUGAUCAAUGUGUCACCCAUCGGUAGAAACUGCUCCAAUGAAGAGCGAGACCAAUUCGAGAUCUACGACAAUGAGCACCACAUUCGAAAGAACAUGCUUACCGCUAUGAGAAAAGAAUUUGAACACCUCGGAUUGACCUACUCCAUCGGUGGACAAAUCAGUUUUGACGUGUUCCCUCACGGCUGGGACAAGACUUAUGCUUUGAAGCACGUCGAGAAUGAGGGCUUCGACGAGAUCCACUUUUUCGGUGACAAGACUAUGGAGGGAGGUAACGAUCAUGAAAUUUAUGAGGAUCCACGAACCAUCGGACACACCGUCAAAAACCCCGAGGAGACCAUCGUUCUGCUCAACAAGCUGUUCCUCAAGAAGGAAUAGAUUGAGAAAGGGUUUGGGACCUCGGAAACCAGGCACAUAAUCAGACUUUUAGACGACAUUCACGGGGGCAUCUCGGCCUUCUCCACAAUCAUGCAUCCUGGCGCUG